CAGUUCAUUUCAAAUUCCAUUGCACAUCUCACAGAAUUACAAGUAAAGCGAGCAGAACAUUCGGACGCAAUAGAAUCGCAUAAAACUGAAGACUUCCGGCUUGAUUUUCCGACCGUUUCUGAUCGUCAGCGGUAUUUCAGUGCCUUGUAAAAUGCAGACUACACUUCCAGUUCGAGCUAUAUGGAUAUUGCCGAUGAUAUUACCGGCGUUUUUCGCAGUUUCGAUGUGCGUUGAACUCAGAACCGAGUACGAGUGGAAAUACUUUGAGUAUAAAUAUGAUAUUGGUCGAAAAGAUCAGUGGAAAGAAAUGUACAACUAUCGAACCCUGAUCCCAACGGAUUUUCUUCGAGUGUCGGAAAAUAAAACACUCAUAGCAACGCCGCAGGCCAGAAAUCAAAACGACAUCUCGCGUUUGUCUCGUAUAUCCGCCGAAUCCAGCGACAGCGGCCCUUUGCUGGAGCCCUAUCCUUCCAACGCCUGGCACAUAACAUUUUUUUACCUCUACUGUCCGAAAAUUACGAGCGUCAGCAAAAUAUUCAUGGACGAUUGCAACAGAAUCUGGGUGGUCGAUUCGGGAAAACUGAGGGAUUUGCAAAUAUGUCCUCCGCAAAUUUUGGCCUUCGAUGCCGAUACCGACGAAUUGGUCGAGAAAUUCGUUAUACCGAUGGAAUUGGCUCGCAAUUCCAAGACCAGGAGACCGGGCCGACUCCAAAUUCAAUUCGUAGAAACGAAGGAUUCGUGCUCGAAGACUUGGGUUUACGUGGGAGACCCCGAGGGAUACGGGAUGGUGAUCUGGGACGGGAAGGACGUCUGGCGACUCGAAAACGACGAGGUUUACGGACCGGACAAAACAGCGACCACAUUCGACGUGGACGGACAACGAUUCGAUCAGGAAGUCGGGGCUUCGGGAUUCGUCGUGAUUCCUCCGGGAUUCCUCCACGAAGAUUACAUGAUGCUACGACCCGUCGCUUCUCAGAAGGCGUACGCGGUGAAGGUGGAAGAUUUGCACAAUUCCAAAGAUGGUAAACCGGUUACUUACUACAAGGGCAACGUCACCCUUCCGAGUCAGGAACUGACGAGAGCCUUCUCCGAGUCGGGUGCCCUUAUCGGAUCACUUGCCUCCCAAUCGGCUCUCUCGUGUUGGUAUCCCGAAAAUCCCCUGGCAGCUGAAUAUAUCGGUAUCCCUUUACGGGAUCCGGUCGCUCUGCAGUACGCCGUCAGCGGGAAAAUUGUUCGAGGGAAAGGAAGCCGUUCCGGAGACGAGGAGUUCUGGAUUCUGUCUACUCGUAAUCAACGGUUCGCCACUAAUACCGUGAACUUCAACGAAACCAAUUUCAGAAUCAUGUCGGUAAACGUGGCUGAAUUGAUCAACGGUACGGUUUGCGAACCUUCCGGUGGUACCCCUAAGGAAUCCACCAUCGAAGACAAGUUCUUCUUCAAGAUGGAAAACUAAAAGGGAUGAAGCGAUUCACGUGUAUGCCAAUUAUUUUGCGUUCGCAAAAUCGUUAUUUGAAGAAUCGAAGUAUGAAUAAAAUUAUUGAGAUACA